AUGCCAACAUACGUGAUUAUAGGUGCUUCGCGUGGUAUAGGACUGGAAAUAUAUCUUGCUGAAUUUGUUGCCAAUGGCGGACGUCAGAAUGUACACGUUCUCCAAGCCGACGUUGUCGACGAUGCCGCAAUGAAGAAAGCUGCAGAGAAUGUCUCUGGGAUUGGCAAUGGAGCUGUGGAUGUCUUGAUACACAAUGCUUCACGUCAGCCUCACAGCACCGUGCACCGAGGAUUCUUUGAUUAUCCGGAUGGUGGCGAGCUAGACAAAGACUUCUUGGAGAACUUCAAGGCAAAUGCCCUCGGAGUGGUACAUUCCGUCAACGCAUUUCUUCCGCUGCUCCGCAAGGGCUCUGCAAAGAAGAUAGUCGUUAUCGGCACCAGUAUGGGGCACCUCGACUUCACAUGGAAGCUACGCAUCGAGACAGGCGUGGCAUAUGGUGCAUCGAAGGCCGCCGCUGACCUGAUCGUCACGAAGUACGCGGUACUCCUUGAAGACGAAAACUUCAUCGUGACAGGUCUCCUUCCUGGUUUGGUCGACACGAGUGCCACUGCUAUUGAUGCACCCGAUGAGGAGACUAUCGCAACAUUGGGGCGUCGGAUGGAGAAAUUAAAGAAGGCAAACCCAAACUUCGACACCACGCCUAUGAAAUUGGAGGCCGGAGUACAUCAGCUGUUGGAGGCUAUACAAUCUCUGACUCCUGCAGACAAUGGCACCCUCAAAUUUGCUGGAGGACAUAAAUUUUAG